UACACGCUUGAAUGCACUCACACACUCCACCUGCAUAACACACGAUUUUUCAUACGAAAUAUAUUCAACUGAUAUUGAGACUCGCAUUAUUGUCGUAAUUAAGAGUCUAUAAUACUCCACACACUGUCAAGUGAUAGGAGUACAGAUUCGGGAAAUUGCAACAUUGUAUCCAACAUCCGUCAUUGUAUCCAUCAUUAUUCAUCAUCGAAGGACAGUGAGCGGGAAGGUCCAGAAGAAAGGAAUAGCCUACGACUGUACACGAAAGAAUAUCUCCAAUGGCAACAGUUGGCAGUCGAUGUCUAUGAGACAUAACAGGGUAUCCUUUACGUGGUCGCGGUGUGCGUUCAUUAACCGGGAAGAGGAACUGCAGCUUCCCCGGGAGUGACAAUCAAGCCAAGGACUUCAAACGAAUCCUUUGCUGAGUGAUGGUGCUGUGUGUGUGAGCCAUGGGCCCCUCUCCGACCACCCUGUCCAAGCUCAAGCUGGGGAAGCUGCGUGUGGUGCGCCGGCGGCUGCUACAGCGCUACGAGCACCAGCCCUAUGUCUCAUGCCUGGCCGGCCUCUACGGCUGUCAAUGGAGACGCUACCAGAGGACCCGCGCCACACCGGGAGACUGCUGCUGCAGCAAGUUGGAGUGUGUCAGCUUUGCUCUCCUCAUCUUGACGUUCUGUCUCACGCUGGUCUUCCUCUACUUCUGGAGUGAAGCUCAGAAUGACUACAAUGAUUUUGACUGGUUUAACUUUGGGAUCCUGGGUUUCUGGUUCCCCUGGUCUGUUGUGUUGCUGGUCAUCGCUGCCGCCUUUUUCAGCUACGUCACUCUGCUGCUGCUGUUGGCUGUGUGUCUGCUGUCAGAGGGACAGAAGCUGUACCUACACUGGGGCCACAAGAUUGGUAUCCUGGUGACUCUAGCCUUCUCCAUUGUGGCCACAGCAGUGCUGUCUGACCUAUGGAGCAAAGAGUGGACCACUCUCCUCCUCUCUUUCCAGGUGACGGCGCCAUAUUUACACAUGGGAGGAGUCUUGCUGAUGAGUCUGCUGUCCUGGCCAAUAGCCUUGCAUUUCUUCUGCAUCAAUAAGAAAGUUGGGCGGACGCUCAUCAUAGGGCUGUACCUGGCGGUGCUGUGUGCCCUCUACCUGGUUCCCCUGGGCUUGUACUCACCCUGCCUCAAAAAAGAGUGUGCUCUGGGCCCCGCUCCAGCCCUCAUCGGGCACAGAGGGGCACCCAUGCUUGCUCCAGAGAACACACUCAUGUCCUUUAAGAAGGCAGUGGAGGCUGGAGGGGAAGGUCUGGAGACUGACGUCACCAUCAGCUACGACGGGGUGCCCUUCCUGAUGCACGACCACACCCUGAGGAGGACUACCAACGUGCAUAAGGUGUUCCCCAACCGGACGGACGCCCCUGCGGCCAUGUUCACCUGGGGGGAGCUGGAGACCCUCAACGCCGGGGCCUGGUUCCUCUAUCGCGACCCGUUCGGCACGGCCUGGUCUCUGGGUGCCGAGGACAGGGUGCAGGCACAGAACCAGUCUGUGUGCUCCCUCAGGGACUUCCUGGAGCUGGCGGCCCAGAGGGGCAAACAGGUGAUCUUUGACCUCUACCGGCCCCCUCGGGGCCACCCCUACAGGGACACCUGGAUCACACACACCCUUGAGUUCAUCCAGAACGAGUCCUCCAUCCACUCACACCAGGUGCUGUGGCUGCCGCCAGACCUGCGGAGCCUGGUCCAGGAGAUGGACCCUGACCUCCAGCAGACCUCAGGGUCACGGGGUCCAGUGGAGGAGCUGCAGCAGAACCACAUCGUCCAACUCAACCUGCACUACAGCUCCAUGUCUACAGAGAUGAUCAGUGAGUAUGCAGCGGCUAACAUCAGCACCAACCUGUAUGUGAUCAGCCAGCCGUGGCUCUACUCUCUGGCCUGGUGCGCCGGGGCUCAGUCUGUCACCACCAAUGCCCCACAGCUCCUCAACAAACUCACCAGACCCCUCUUCCUCAUGACUCCAGAUGAGUACAAUCUAAUGUGGGUCCUCACCGACGUGGUGUCCUUCAUCCUAAUCCUCAUCAUCUUCAUCUUCCACUGGUGGCGAGAACGAGGCUUGGCUUUCUGUUCGGGCAGCAAACCCACACUAGAACACGCCACCUACAGCAAGUUCAGGACAGAGAUGAGUGAUGUGUGGUCCGUCUCCAGUGUCAACAUCCUGGGAGAGCCUGCUGGAAGCCCACUAGCCACUGAGCCUAACCUGGCAGCCGUCUCAGAGCACUGAGAACCAACCAACCAAUCCCAUCUGUGAGACUCAGUUCAAACAAACCAUUCCUUCCCUCACUCUCACCCUCAACCUGGCAACUCACCAGGACCCAACCUGGUAACCCGGAGCUCAACCUGGCAACCCCCUGUAACUUUUAGUGAGAAUGAGAAAUAGUUCAUUGAGCUGAAAGUGGCGCUGAUGUUGAUGUGUCACUUGCAGAAAUGAUUUAAUUGGAUAGAAAUGAAUCCGUAAAUCCCAGAUUAAAGCCCAGACCAUAACCAACUCUUCACACUACAGACACCCUCUGAUGCUGGGAAGCGAUUACUACACUAUUGAACCAGAUAUUCUCAAUUUAUUUUGAGUUCAGUUCCUUUCCAUUUCAGCAGCCACUGCAGUGUUGAGUUAUGUGAAUCACAAACGCUUUACCUUUUCCUUAGUAUGUGAGAGUAGUGGUCGAUAAGAUGUGUGUAUAUGACCAGACUGAAGUUCAAUUAGUAUGGGUUUGUUUUCUUUCUAAUACUUAUGCUUUGCUUGAUUGAGCUUUCCUGGCGUAAGGGGACUAAUGAAGUAGUCACAAAAGUACAAACUCUGCCCAAUCAAAUGGUCAAAGUAUCGCAAAGAAAAAUGAAACUAUUAGAACCCAGGUUUGAAUAAAACUCUAUCCCAGGUUGGGUUGCAAAGCUACAGGUAAUUUCCAAAGUUACUGGUCGAUAAGAUGUGUGUAUAUGACCAGACUGAAGUUCAAUUAGAAUCUUCAGUAAUUUUGGUAAUUAACAGAAAAUGUAUUGCAAUCUAUCGUAACUUUGGUAAUUU